AUGAGUCUAUCAAUCUCCACAGUCCCCAUCCGGGCCGCUGUAUUUCCCAAAUCCUAUCUUCUCGUUUCCUCGCGGGGGUAUGCAAGCCUCCUGGCAACGACUAGUCUGCGAUACAGCAAUGGCUCCUUGCUCGCCACCAAGCCGGGGUAUCACCGGACAACUAAGCGAUUCAUCUCCUCCACCCCGCAACAACAAAUUAAAGAGUUCUUCCCUCCUCCAAACACUCCUCAGAUCAAGGAAUCAGAGACAGCAUGGGUGCAUCCUGUCUAUACCGAAGAACAAAUGCGCCAAGUCGAAAUUGCCCACAGAGAAGCCAAGAACUGGUCUGACUGGGUGGCGCUUGGAACCGUCCGAAUGCUGCGGUGGGGAAUGGACCUGGUAACAGGAUAUCGCCAUCCCCCGCCCGGCAAAGAAAACGACGUCCGGUUUCGCAUGACGGAGCAAAAAUGGCUCACGCGAUUUGUCUUCCUCGAAAGUGUCGCCGGUGUCCCAGGAAUGGUCGGGGGCAUGCUGCGACAUUUGAGAAGCUUGCGGCGUAUGAAGAGGGACAACGGAUGGAUCGAAACGCUACUGGAGGAAGCGUUCAACGAGCGCAUGCAUCUACUCACGUUCCUGAAACUUGCCGAACCAGGCUGGUUCAUGCGCUUGAUGGUCCUCGGCGCCCAGGGUGUCUUCUUUAACGGUUUCUUCCUCUCGUACCUGGUUUCGCCGCGGACGUGCCACCGAUUCGUCGGCUAUCUCGAAGAGGAGGCCGUGAUCACCUACACGCGGGCGAUAAAAGACCUCGAGAACGGAAACCUGCCGCUAUGGGAGAAGAAGGAAGCGCCCGAGAUCGCCAUCCAGUAUUGGAAGAUGCCCGAAGGCAAGCGGACGAUGAAGGACCUACUCCUGUAUGUGCGGGCGGACGAAGCUAAGCACCGCGAAGUCAACCAUACCUUGGGCAACCUGAGUCAGGCCGCGGAUCCAAACCCUUACACGUCCAAGUAUAAAGACCCGUCCAAGCCCCAUCCAAGCAAGGGCAUGGAGAAUCUGAAGCCCACUGGAUGGGAGCGUGACGAUGUCAUCUAA